AUGGGGCAAACAUUGAGCGAGCCAGUGACGACGAAGGAGAGUGCUUCAUGCUCCAAUAAAAUCUUCUCGGUGGGGAGCAGCUGCAUGCAGGGAUGGCGAACAAGCAUGGAAGAUGCCCACACUCACCUCCUCUCACUACCCGAAGAUCCGAAAACAGCCUUCUUUGCCGUUUAUGAUGGCCACGGAGGGCCAAAGGUCUCGCAAUACGCGGGAAUUCAUCUCCAUCAUACCAUCGCUUCCCAGCCGGAAUUCAAAGAUGGCGAUUUGCCACUGGCGCUGAAGAAGGGAUUCCUAGCCCUAGAUGAGAAGAUGCGAGCGGAUGAUGAGAUGAAGGAUGAUGUUUCCGGCACGACGGCUGUCGUCGUGAUGGUACAACGGGAUACCAUUUAUUGCGCAAACGUUGGCGAUUCUCGAGCAAUCGUCUCGGUUUGCGGAGAAGCCGUCCCAUUAUCGUACGACCACAAACCGGCAAACGAGAAGGAAGCCAAGAGAAUUAUUGCGGCUGGAGGCUUUGUCGAAUACAAUAGGGUAAAUGGAAACCUGGCGCUCUCCCGAGCCCUCGGUGACUUUAUUUUUAAGAAUAUCAAUAUACCCCCGGAGGAUCAGGUUGUCACUGCCAACCCUGACGUCGAAAUCCAACAAAUUACUGAUGACCAUGAAUUUAUUGUCGUAGCCUGUGAUGGAAUAUGGGAUGUGAUGAAUAACCAAGAGGUAGCCGAUUUUUGCCGAGACCGACUUGCCAAGGGCAGGGAACCCCAACUGAUUUGCGAAGAAUUGCUCAAUCGAUGCUUAUCCCCUGAUGCACAGAUGGCCGGGCUUGGAUGUGACAAUAUGACCGUUGUUUUGAUUAGUAUAACGAAGGGACUGGAUGAGAAGGCUUUUAUGGAAAAAUGCUCUCGACCAUCUCGUUACAAGCCCGUAACAGAUGAGGAAGAAAAUGACGGACUUGACGUGACAAAAGCCUCAUACCUCGGUGAUGAGAAUGAGCCAACCACCAUCCAGGAUGCCCUCCACGCUCAUGACACCUACGAAACACCACAGCCGUCACCUAACCCGGCUGUUGUUGAUGAUGACGAAAAGCCUCCCAGUCAAUUCACCGCAGCC